ACUGCUGUAUUGAAGCAGACAGCCGUUGCUCCUGACCCUCAGAAUUUUAGUCUGUAGAGCUCACCAAAGGACAAGUAUUUUGGUCAAUUGUGCCUCAGGGCACUGAGGCUGAGGGCAGGCUCUAGGACAAACACGUGUAGUUUGCUGACACGCAACCAUGAUGAAAACGGGCGCCACCAAGGUGGGCCUGCCCAAGCCGGGACUACAGGAGCGGGCCAGGCAGGCCUCCUUGACCCCCUCUUCUUCUGCCUCCUCCUCCACAGCCAUGAAGACCUCCAGAUCCUCCAACACGCUGGCCUCAGACCACCGCCUCAGCAGGCUGAAAAGAGCCAGCAGUGAUGAUGCCUUGACAAAGCCUGCACUUGGAACUGCUGCCUCUGGCUCCCGGAUGAAGAAGACUGUUACUACUGGAGCCAUCUCAGAUCUUGCUGAGGCUCGCCCUCGCAGCCUGUCUGGUGUGCAAGCAGCCAAGAAGUCUGGUAUCCCAGCUCCUAGAGAAAUCCCUUCCACCAUAACAAGAGAUCGGAUCUCUCUGAGGGACCAGCUUAGGAGCUCCUCAGCUAAGAGGAUGGUUUCUAGUGCUAGCACCUCCAGCCUCUCUACCCUGACAAAGCAGACACGCAGUUCAACCAAGUCCCGUGGAGAUGCAGAGGGUCAGGAAAAGGGCCUUUUGGAGUGCCAGGUGAAGGAGUUAAUGGCUGAGGCCAAGGCUAAAGACUUGGAAAUCAGCAAUCUUAGGAUGGAGUUGCAGCGCUGCAAAGGUAAAGCUACUGCUGUCUCAUGGCAGGAGCCUGCUGCAGAUCAAGAGCAGGGACAGGUGACAGAGGCCCUUGUGCUGGUUGGAGAGCUGAGGGAGAAGAAUGGGAAGUUUCAGAGAGAGCUGGCAGCACUCAGGGAGGAGAACCAGGGGCUGAAGGAAAAACUGCUUUCCUUGGAGGCCUCACCACUCUCUAGUACAAAUACAAGCAGCCCAUCCAAGCCUUUAGUAAAUGGCCUGCCCUCAGACUCCAACUCCUCAGCUCAACAACAGGACAGUUUUCCUUCUACUGCCAGCCCUCUUAAAACCUCUGUCUCUUCCAGCUCAGACAUCACCAAGGACUCGCCAUCACCUGACUCCUCUGAGUUUGAGAAGAUCCCAUCACGUUCAGAGUCAGUGUGCAGUGGUGUCAGUGGGGAAGCUGUUACACUGGGGGCAGGAGCCAAUGCAGCAGGGCAGGAUGUGUCGGUGCAGCGCCUGACAGAACAAAUUCAUAAGAUGGAGGAGAGCCACCACAGCACAGCUGAGGAGCUGCAGGCAACUCUGCAAGAGCUGGCUGACCAGCAGCAGGUGGUGCAGGAGCUGACGGCUGAAAAUGAGCGUCUGGCUGAGGAGAAGCGCCUCCUGCAGACCUCGCUUCAACAGCAGAGAGAGCGUGUGGAGGUGGUGGUCCAAAAGAAUGAGGCGCUGGCUGGGCGACUUCAAGAGCAAGCUCAAGCUCAGGCCCAGAGGGAGGAGGAGCUGGGCAGCCAAGGGCCUCGAUUAGCAGAGCUGGAGCAGAGGUAUGGUGAGCUAGUUGAAAGCUCCCGCUUCGAACGGGAAAAGUUAGUGGACAUCCAGCAACAGUUGACGGGCAGCCUGCGUGCUCUGGAGGAGGAGCACCAGGAGGCCCAGGGCCAGGUGCGCUGCCUCAGAGAGGAGAUGGACAGGCUGCAGGCCCACCUGGGCAGGGAGCAGGAAGCCGGAGGUCAGGCAGCACAGGCUGCAGAGCAGCAGAGGGCGACAGCAGAGUGUCUCAGACUGGAAAACAGUCGGCUGAAGGCACAGGUGGAUAUUGAGAGGCAAAAGGUGGGGGAGCUGAAGGCCAUGCAGAGUGCCAGUGACAGCACUGAAGUGCAUGACUUGCUGAAGACAGCCCAUGCUGAGAGAGACAGGCUGGAGGUGGAGCUGACAGAGCUGAGACAGGAGCUGCUACAGGCACAAGCCGAGACUGAGCAUGUGCGAGCCACAAUGUCCAAGGUGGAGGCCAAAUGCCAGCAGGUUCAGGAGCAGGCAGAGAGGAGGGAGGAGGAGCUCAGCAGCCGGUUGACUUCCCUAGAGGAGGUCGGGAUCCAGGCUGAGAACCAGGUGAAGGAGUUGAAGGAGACCAUCUUUGAAUUGGAGGACCAGGUGGAGCAGCAGAGGGCAGUCAACUGCCACACCAACCAAGCUGUCCUGGACCUGGAGAAUCUUUGCAAAAAGCUUGAGGAGCAGAAAGCUGAAGCUGAUCGACAGCUGAAAGUUUUGAAUAGACAGAUGAAGGAUGAAAAAGAAGAGUGGCGUCGGUUCCAGGCAGACCUCCAAACAGCAGUGGUGGUGGCCAACGACAUCAAGGUCGAGGCUCAGCAGGAGCUGCGUACACUCAGGAGGCAGCUGCAGGAGGAGCAGGAUCGCAGUGCAAAGCUGUCCACAGACCUUGAGGCCCUGCAGGGAGUCAGGUCCCAAGGUGAUGAGGUGAGGGUGUCUGACUCUGAUAACAGUCGUCACUGGUGCGGCAUCUCCAUGAUCCCGACCACACCCGUGGACGCCAGCGGAGAUGCCGACUCCGAGCCCGGAGCUACUGUCAAAUCCCUCAUUAAGUCCUUUGAUACUGUGGGACAGAAUGGACCAGGCCACACAGUUCAAAUGCAUUCCUCACCAAGAAGCCCUCUGAGUGGGAUCCCUGUACGCACUGCCCCUGCUGCUGCUGUCUCCCCGAUCCAGAGACAGUCAUACAUAAAGCCACUAUCAAAAACGUUGGAAAAAAGGAUCAAUCAUGGAGAAUUCUCCCAUCAAUAUGAUAAAUUGUCUGGCGGCAGUGAGGACCUGAAACCUACCAGCCUCAUGAGGAAGAGCCCUUCUCUUGAGUCUGUAAUCAAAACCCCUGCCUCCUUCAGCAGCCGCACAGCAUCCUUCAGCUACAAUCGAGGCAACAGCAAGCUCAGUGUGGAAAGAAAGGACCCCUUGGCUGCACUGGCGCGGGAGUACGGAGGAUCUAAGAGAAAUGCUCUACUGAAGUGGUGCCAGAAGAAAACAGAAGGCUAUCCGAAUAUCGAUGUCACCAACUUCAGCAGCAGCUGGAGUGACGGCCUGGCUUUCUGUGCUCUCCUGCACACAUAUCUGCCAGCCCACAUCCCAUACCAGGAACUCAUCAGUCAAGAUAAGAUCCGGAAUCUGACCCUGGCUUUCCAGGCUGCCGAGAGCAUUGGCAUCAAACCGUCCCUGGACAUCGAGGAGCUGAUGAAGACGGACAGGCCGGACUGGCAGAGCGUCAUGCUGUACGUCUCUCAGAUAUACAAGUACUUUGAGACCUGACAUGCGGUGUGAAGAGGAUCGGAGGCGCUGCAGCACUUUUUUUCUGUCGCCACUACAUUCACCUUCCAGACAGACAGGACGCUGCCCCAACCUCGACGCUUCUCCUGCCUGUGACUCAAAAACCAAAUCUUACAAAGACUGCCAUCGGGAGAGACAUUACCAGUCUGAACUUGUGCCAAAACACAACUUACACGAGACUCAAUCAUACAAAGCUCAAUCUAUGCAUGGUUAAAGUGGAACCUUUCUGUCUGAGUGUGCAGCGUGAUCGUCUCCUUCCACUGAGUGAACCUUUGGUACAUGUGGCUUCAGAGCAUCUCUCCCCACAAGCUGAGCAGCUUAUUGUGAACGAGCCGGAGUUGUGCUUCACAGAGCAAGAAAAGUAUUUUGACAGGUUUGAGCUGAAGCCCUUUAUAUUUCCCACCUUUUAACUGUGCGUGUCCAUAAAGACAUUAAACAAGACUAGCUGCCAUCUGUGACGCCACACUAGAGAACAAUUUAACACUAAAAAAGUUGCUGAAUAGUUUUGUAGAGAUUAUUUUUUAAUGAAGAGAACAGAUUGAUGUCUAUGUUCGCGUCGUUUUAUGGCAUUUAGGGUUUGGCUUGAAUCACGCCGUCACCGUCGUUCCUGUGCCCUGCUGCGCUGUUUCUCCACGUCUUCCAUCAAAUCGCUCCCCAGCAGCGCCGAGAUCGGAAAGUGGCCGAAGGUAUGUAACUUGCUGCUCAGAGACAUAAACUGAUCCCUGGACUGGUAUACCGAUCCUUGGAGUGGUAUGCCGCUGUGAUGCCACUAGUAUCCCACUGACACAUGGUGGUAUGUGCUGCUUGAGAUUGUCAUGCCAUUAAAAAUACUAUGAAUAUGCAAAUAAAAUGCCACUGGGCUGGUUUUACGACAAAUACUGAUGUAAAUUUAUUCAUUUUUUAGUCUUUUUAGACUUACCUUUAAUAACUUAACACAUUUCCGUUAAUAAAGGAAUGAAUGCAUUUACUUGGUUGGGAUGUAUGCAUGUAGACAGUAAUUCCACUCGGGAUUCUUGCAUUAUGAUAGUAAAGUAAUAUGUCUAAAUUUCUGCCUAUAACCUAUUCAAAGCUAAUGAAAGAGCUAGCCUUAGCUAACAUGUCUAAUGUUAGCCCAGCCACAGCAGCCAGUCUGUCUGAUCAAUAACAGAAACUUUGAGCCAACCAACCAAACAAUAGUUACUGACAGAUUUUCCUUAACAGGAGAGCAUACAUUACUUCAUGUACUUCAACUGGAAUAAGCUGCUAGUAAAGAAAACUAUGGCUGAGCUUGAGUCUUGAUCAAGCCAAUGCUGCACGCCUAAUACCGACACACCACUCCUCUGAUACACUGAUCCAGCGUAUAAGCCUUUGGGCAUCGAUAUACCUACUGUUCCAGAGGUAUAAGCCUUCCGACAUCGGCAUAAUAGUUUCAAGCGGCACAUACAGUCAUGUGAUGGUGGAAUACCAUUGGAAUGACAUCGGCAUACCACUCCAAGGAUCGGUAUACCAGUUAAGGGAUCCGUAUAUGGCGCUGAGCAGCAAUUGACAUACCUCUGGCCACUUUUCAAUCUCGGCGUGAAGAACUAUGGUACUGCAGCUGCUUUGCGAAAUGUACAUUUAUACUUGGCAUGCCAUGUUAAAUAACAGAGGAGAGGACGACUUUUACACGUGAGAGACGAGGCACAACACUUUCUCUGUGGUACGAUUUAGACAUGCCUCCAUUUGCAGACGUUUUGAAAGAUUAAAAAGUGUUAUUUAUUUAUUUACAUGCAUCCUUGAGAAGACGUGAGCGUGUGGACAGAAAAGUUUUCUAUUCUACGGAUGUCAGAGUCGGAAGACUGUUGGAGUGAACUCAAUAAAGUAUUGUCAAGUUUUAUAUUCAA